CGCACCAACAGUAUUUUAAUCCUUAACUUCGCACGCAUGGAUAGUCCCCUGGGAAGCUGAUAUGAAGCUCCACCGUCCCCUUUUUGCCUUCUUCCGAUUUAAUUCCACCCCCAUCGCCAAUCGCCCAUGCCAUCGCCAGCUUCAUUUCUUCACGCGCCGUCUCUUCAAGCUCCCCUCUCCGCCGCCACACCCAUCACCGCACCACCAUGACCUCCCCACUUUCCUCGCAUAUGCGGACCGGACAUCUCUCUCUCCCACAACUACAUCCUACAUAGGCACACACUACGAAUAUAUAGUCCAACAAACUCUCCGUUCCUCCGCCUUCACAUUGCACCGCGUCGGCGGCCGCGACGACGCAGGAAUCGACCUAGUGGGAACCUGGCACCUACCACAUCGCGAACACCCCCUCCGCGUGAUCGUACAAUGUAAAUCCCUCAAAACCAAGCUCAGUCCGAACCUAGUCCGCGAGCUAGAAGGGACAUUCCACAAAUCGCCGGUGGGGUGGCGGACUGGCGAUGAAGUAGGCGUACUGGUUAGUCCGCGGGAAGCGACGAAGGGGGUUCGGGAUGCGCUGGCUAGGAGUGCGUACCCACUUGUUUGGAUGAUGAUUGAGCGGGAUGGAGCGAUGCGCCAGGCUUUAUGGAAUGCAAAAGCCGAACAGCUCGGGUUGGUGGGCUUGGGUGUUGAAGUGAAGUAUUCGGCUUGUGGGGAGGCGGACUCGUCGGUUACGAAGAGGGUUGCUCUUACCUGGGAUAGGGAGGAGCUUCCUGAUAUGGAGCAAGUAGAGAGUCAGAUGAGCGGGGUGGAAGAUAAGUGGUUGAGGGCAUGGGGUAAUGUCUUCAAUGAGGUAGAGAAGAAUAAGUCGGAGCUCCUGGAUGCUGUUCAGGAGCUUUUCCCGGAGGAGAAACCUUUAUUGCUUGGGACGGGGCCCUGUAGUGCCUUGUCUGAGGCGGAUAGGGCAAGGGUCAUACAGUCUUUGAGUAGGCAGGAAUCCGCCCAACAGGAGAGGCCGGAAACAGAUCACGCAUCUACAUGA